AUGGCUUCAACUCCCCUCGCAAGCCUCCCUCGUGACUGCUGGCUACAGAUACUAGAGUGUCUACCAAAAGAUGAUUUGAACAGUCUGUCACGCGUUUCCUACGAGCUUCGUGCCUCGGCUGAGCCUUUCCUGUAUCGAUCAAUCCACUGGGACUGGGAGCAUCCCCAGGUCCAUCAAAUACUACUCCUCCUCCGAACUAUCUCCGAGCGACCAGAGUUGGCUUACUACAUCUGGCACAUCAGUUUCGUAUGGUGGAACGUGGGAUCCCACAAAGGAGUUAUUCCCAUCCCCAAAGGAAAGCUUGACUGGGCCAAGACAAUGCUAGAGUUUAGGCCCACUUUGAGAUGGGCCCGAAAGGUUAUUCGAGAUGCGAAAUUCACGGCAAUCCUCGAUACCAAAUGGAUCCGACGACUCAAUGAUGGAGAUGCCUACGUCCACGCCACACUGCUGGUCUCACAACUUCACAACCUUCGCAGCCUUCGACUGGACUUUUCAUUCGUGCUUGAAGGGGGCUUCCCUGGGGAAAUGUUGUACCAUUCUCUCUUCGGCAACGCACCCCCUGGUGUAUUUACUCAGUUCUCAAAAUUAGAAAUGGUCGACUAUGGAAGCAAUUUGCCUCUCACAGAAUUCCGCGAAAGUGCCCGUCCUGGCAAAACCUCUCAAUUCAUCCCCUGGUUCCACCUUCCUUGA